CGGCUGCCUGCCUUCCUCUCCUCGCCAUUGUCUCGGACGUUCCAUUCUAGAACGUCGCUGCCUCCAACUUUCCAUCUCCGACCACCCAGUAAUCUAGAACCAUGAGGGAGAUCGUGCACAUCCAGGCCGGCCAAUGCGGCAACCAGAUCGGCGCCAAGUUUUGGGAGGUGAUCAGCGACGAGCAUGGAAUCGACCCAACAGGGACAUACCAUGGUGACAGCGACCUGCAGUUGGACAGGAUCAGCGUCUACUACAACGAGGCAACAGGUGGCAAAUAUGUCCCUAGAGCCAUCCUUGUCGAUCUGGAGCCAGGAACAAUGGACUCUGUCCGAUCCGGGCCCUUCGGACAGAUAUUCAGGCCCGACAACUUUGUUUUUGGACAAAGCGGUGCCGGCAACAACUGGGCUAAGGGCCACUACACAGAAGGAGCUGAGCUGGUAGACUCUGUGUUAGAUGUAGUAAGGAAGGAGGCUGAGAGCUGCGACUGUCUUCAGGGCUUCCAACUCACACAUUCCUUGGGUGGUGGUACUGGUUCUGGUAUGGGCACACUCCUCAUUAGCAAAAUCCGAGAGGAGUAUCCUGACCGUAUCAUGAACACCUUCAGUGUGGUGCCAUCCCCCAAGGUAUCUGACACAGUUGUGGAGCCAUACAAUGCCACACUCUCUGUGCAUCAACUGGUUGAGAACACAGAUGAGACCUACUGUAUAGACAACGAGGCCCUCUACGACAUCUGCUUCCGCACUCUCAAGUUGACAACCCCAACCUACGGUGAUCUUAAUCAUUUAGUCAGCGCCACCAUGAGUGGAGUAACCACCUGCUUACGUUUCCCAGGUCAACUUAAUGCCGAUCUCCGUAAACUGGCAGUCAACAUGGUUCCCUUCCCACGUCUCCAUUUCUUCAUGCCAGGGUUUGCUCCACUAACCAGCCGAGGUAGCCAGCAGUACCGUGCACUGACCGUGCCAGAGCUGACACAGCAGGUGUUCGAUGCCAAGAACAUGAUGGCUGCUUGUGAUCCACGACAUGGCAGAUACCUGACAGUGGCAGCAGUUUUCCGUGGCCGCAUGUCCAUGAAGGAAGUAGAUGAGCAGAUGCUCAAUGUCCAGAACAAGAACAGCAGUUACUUCGUAGAAUGGAUCCCCAACAACGUCAAGACCGCUGUGUGCGACAUCCCACCACGCGGCCUUAAGAUGGCAGUCACCUUCAUCGGCAACAGCACUGCCAUCCAAGAGCUGUUCAAGCGUAUCUCAGAGCAGUUCACUGCCAUGUUCCGUCGCAAGGCUUUCCUCCACUGGUACACAGGAGAGGGCAUGGACGAAAUGGAGUUCACAGAAGCAGAAAGCAACAUGAACGACCUUGUCUCCGAGUACCAACAAUACCAAGAUGCUACAGCAGAAGAAGAGGAGGAUUUCAAUGAAGAAGCUGAAGAGGAGGCUUAAACUAUCUCCACCACUACCACCACCACUACCCUCUCCUUCUUCCUCAUCUUUCCUCCUCCUCCUCCUCCUUCAUUCUCAGGCUGGAAAAAAAAAGUUUAGCAUUUGUUUUCCUCCAUCUUUUUCCAUUUUUCAGUGUUUUACUCUUCUGCUCCUCUAUCCCUUCUUUAUAUUUGUUGCUUCAGUCAUGUUCAUGGUCAAAGGGCAGGCCUUUAGAGUAAGUGGAUUACACCUCCGGUCCAGGGUAUUAGAUAGGCGGGAAUGCGGUUGAUAAGUCUUUGAAGGCUCCUUGGAUUGAUUACAGGUAGAAUUUAAUGUCCAUCUUGAGUUCCAUCGAACAUGUCCGACAGCUUCAGCAAAAUUCUUAUCCUUUCUGUGGCUGAGUGCUGGUCUCGUCAGCCACGAGUAGGUUUUGUGAUGCCUCCGGGCUUAUAGGAGAGUUUGAAAGCCUCCUGGCGUUGGGAUGCUCUUUUAGGUCCCAUUUCAAUGGUGAUCAUUCUUGAUCCUUAACAAGAGUUUUCCUCUCCUACUCGUUUCCUUAACUUAUUACUGUGAUAGCAUAACGCUUAUCGGUCACUGCCAUUUCUCUAGACAGGCGGCAGUCAUAAGUAUGGCUCCAUCUUGUCCAGUUCUGUAUAAGUCUUCAUAAAUAUCGACUCUAAUCUUUCUACCCGUAACUGGGUUCUGAAGCUAACAAAUGCAGUUACUGCCCUUCAAGUUUAACAGUAUUGAAUAUUUGUGAAGAUUUCGGCCAUAGUUCCAACCUCUCGGGGCCCCAAAUUGGCUGUACACGGGACGUCCUGCAGUUAAGGAAACGAUUGUAUGUAGACAAGAACAUAUAUAUCACUUGUUAGCACAGAGAAGGAAUUGUGGGGAAGAAGUUUUUUCAAAGUGAAAAGUGGAUGUUUCAUUUUUUUCCUGUAACUUUUUAUCUUUGUUCUUCUCGUCAUUCUUGUCUUCUCUUUUCUUGGAUUUCCCCCAUGCCAUUAUUAUUUUUUAUUUUACUGUUGCUUUUUCAUAUUGAAAAGUUGACAAGCCUGUGACAGAAAAAAAAAAUAAAACCUUUUUUUUAAGUUUU